UGGUCCGAAAAAAAAAACCCCAACACUUUAAAUAUGAAGCUAAAGCAAAGAAAUCUAAAGACUUCUGGAGCAGAAAGGAAGCUAUGGAGCAAUGUUUUUAUUUAAAUGAGAUAAUGUAACCAUAUUAGCUAAUGGUAGUUUAAGAUAACUUAAUUUUGCAUGAUCCUUGACAUUUUUAAUCUUUCAUCUUGUGUCACUAUCAGUUUUAUGUCCCCAAAGCUCUGGCCAGCAUUUAUCAUAGUGCAUUAGGGACAUGUUUCAAAAUACAUCCUGUUUGAUGCAUUUGUAAGAUAAGAUGAAUUGUCAGUAUUUCUAUACAAGCCUUCACACUUCUAGACAGACCUUUCUUUUUUAUCUCUGUUUCAGUUUUUUGUAUCUGGGGUGACUAUGCCAAAAUCUGUCUUUCAGCCAGUCCCUGAAGAGAAGAAACGAAGCCCUGGCUAAAGCUAACAGGCAAAGGAAGCAGAGCUGAGGAAAGAUUAUCUUUGCUUGUGGAUCAUACAAGAGUUUGCAAUGGCAAUGUUCUGGAAAUUCAUGAGAGUAGCUAAGUAUUCUAAAACAGCUUUAUCACCAAAAGUAAAGGUAAGAGGAAUUCCCACCCAUUCGAAGCACUCUUCAUCUAAGUCUGCACCUUCAGAUUUUGCUCCCAACACACCCUGCUCAAAUACUGUGGAACUGCUUGGUAAAGCUUAUCCUCAGGAUGACUACAGCAAUGUCACAGAGAAGAUUCUUUCCAAGGUGGGGAAGAACUUGCACAACAGAAAGCAUCACCCUUUGUGGCUAAUCAAGGAGCAGGUGAAGGACCACUUUUACAAACAAUAUACAGGACGCCGUGGGACUCCACUCUUUUCUGUCUAUGACAGUCUUUCUCCAGUGGUUACAGUACAGCAGAAUUUUGAUAGUUUGCUUAUCCCACAAAACCAUGCUAGCAGAAGGAAAGAGGAUAACUACUACUUGAAUCGUGAUCACAUGCUAAGAGCACAUACAUCAGCUCAUCAGUGGGACUUGAUACACUCUGGCCUAGAUGCCUUUCUGGCAGUGGGAGAUGUCUACCGCCGUGAUACAAUUGAUAACACCCACUACCCAGUCUUCCAUCAGAUGGAAGGAGUUCGGCUCUUCUCCAGUCAUGAGCUGUUCUCCAACGUUAAAGAUGGUGAAGGCUUACAGUUGUUUGAGCAAGGUCAUCGCACUGCACACAAGCAAGAGUGUCACACCAUGGAGGCCGUGAGGCUGGUGGAGUUCAACCUGAAGCAAGUGCUCACAAAGCUCAUCACUCACAUUUUUGGUGAUGGACUGCAAGUCAGAUGGGUAGAUUGCUACUUCCCGUUUACUCACCCUUCCUUUGAGAUGGAGAUCAACUUCCAAGGAGAAUGGAUGGAGGUCCUGGGCUGCGGGGUCAUGGAGCAACAGCUAGUUAACUCAGCUGGUGCACAGGAUAAAAUUGGAUGGGCAUUUGGCUUGGGUUUGGAGAGGCUGGCUAUGAUCCUGUAUGAUAUCCCUGACAUCCGACUGUUCUGGAGUGAAGAUGAACGCUUCUUGAAGCAGUUUAUUGUGCCUCACGUUUGGCAAAAAAUAAAAUUCCAGCCACUCAGCAGAUAUCCACCUUUGGUCAAUGACAUCUCCUUUUGGCUGCCUUCUGAGACAUACUCUAAGAAUGAUUUCUAUGAUUUGACUCGAACCAUUGGUGGAGACCUGGUAGAAAAGGUUGUCCUAGUGGAUGAAUUUACCCACCCGAAAGGUGUCUUUUUAGGCUAACAAAUGGACUGAAUGGAGAAUAAGUAAACUGUGCACAUCAGUAGGUCUGAAUCAACAGUCUCAAAGAUUUGAUGAACCACAUCAAGACAGAUGGGUGGUAAAUAGCUAUGAAGGAGGCUGCGUGACACUAAAAAUCAGCAGUGGGCCAGUAAAGUGGGAACAUGAAGAACCUUCAACCUCUGGCAGGCAAGACAAUUCAGGAGGCUGUCAAAAUGCCAUACUCAGCACGCUCAAUGCCCGUAUCCCCCUUCUUCAGAAGCUGCCUCCAGGACUCAGUUUUGAAGCAAUUCUGCUGGGCUGAAGGACCAUGAGUAACCAAGCAGGUUCGGCAUCCUUGCUGAAGACAUAGUGUGUCAGUAGGUGAAUGAGCCAAAAAAAUCAUAGUCCCACUGUCAAUCUCGUGACCGAGCUAUCUUUUUCUAUUUCUAGAGUAUGAUAAAUGCUUAAAAAGGUGAACUUGGG